UUAAAAAAAGGUGGUCAAUUUUGCAGGCUAAAGAAAACUAGAAAAGUGGGUAGAAGAAAAAAAUUAUUUUAAUAUUUCCCAAAAACGGAGGGAUUUGGUUAAAAUAGUAACCAGUUUGUGAAAGCUCCGAAAGAUUUAGCGCAUAGGUCAUGUCUGUGCACUAUAAAUUUAAGAGUACCCUUGAUUAUGAUACCAUCACGUUUGAUGGUCUCCAUAUUUCGGUGGCGGAUCUAAAGAAAGCCAUACUCCAGCAAAAGCGGCUAAGUAAAAUUACAGACUUUGAUUUGCAAAUAAUAAAUGCACAAACGAAGGAAGAGUAUCCACAUGAUUCUAGCCUGAUACCGAAAAAUACCUCAUUGAUAAUCUCUCGCGUACCUCUGACAAAUCAGGCCAAAAAGUUAUGGGAUGCAGCAAAUAAACCCGUACAGCCACGCAUUGUUUCAAAGCCGGUAGAACAGGCCGAUUUUGAUCUGUCAAAAAUGGAGGGCAGUGAGGAGGACAAAAUCCAAGCCAUGAUGAUGCAAAGUACAGCAGAGUACGAUCCAAAAAGUUAUCAAAAAAUCAGAGGUUAUUCUCAGACCGGCGAAGUGCCACCAACCUACCGGUGUAAUAAAUGUAAGAAAGGAGGUCACUGGAUAAAAAACUGUCCCUUUAAUGUCAGCAAAGAACAUACAGAGGUAAAAAGAACAACAGGAAUUCCGAAAUCUUUUAGAGAUAAAGACGACAGGUAUUUUAAAAAAGAAAAUAAGAAAAAUAGUGGAUAUAUCACUGUAUCACUUUUUUCUGUAAGCAGAGCCAUGAUGAUUGAAAGCCAAGAACCAUUGGUGGAGGAGGAAAAGAAACAGGAAAUACCCGAGGAUUUGGUUUGUAGCAUAUGUAACGAUCUCUUUGUAGAUGCUGUUAUGAUACCUUGUUGUGGAAGCUCUUUUUGUGACGAUUGCGUUCGAACGGCUUUGCUUGAAUCUGAAGACAACGAAUGCCCGGAUUGCAAAGAAAAAGGCAGCUCUCCUGGAUCACUUAUACCAAAUCGGUUCUUAAGAAACUCUGUAAAUGCUUUUAAGAACCGUACAGGCUAUAAGGCAUGUAGUCAGGCAAAAAGAGAAAUCAACAAAGAGCCGCCACCCAACAAUAACAAUGAAACCGAAGAUGACAACCUCGUUGAUGCACCUAAGAAGAUAGAAAAGAAGGAGGAUACACCCCCUAUAAAACCUGACUCAGAGAAGGAUAGUAAGGAGGAGAGUAAAGAUGAGCCUGUGUCCAAGGAAGUUCCAAGUAAAAUCGAAAAGGAGGAAGAUGUCAAAAAUAUUGAGCCGAAAAACGAAAAAGAUCAUCAUACGGCCAGCAAUCCUAGUCCUACGCACGAUGAUUCUGAUUAUGAAGAUAAUAUUGUGGUAAAAGUGCCGUCGGCCUCAGACACGCGUACUGAAAAGUAUUUGGGUCGUCGUCAUUCUUCACAUCCGAAACCUCCAGGCUUGGAACCGAGUUCACCCAAGGGCAAAUCACAGCACCAUCAUCCACAUGAAAGUAAUUCUCAUCGUUCAAGUGAUCGGACAAGUUCCAAAGAAUGGGAUCGUUCACCCCGUGAUCAUGAUAAUGUGGCCACAGACCAUUAUGGCUAUGAAAAGAGCAGACCACCACUUACAGCUAAGCCAUUGGAUAGUGUUCAGCCUCCAGGAGCUAGUACGUCUCAAGUACCUCCCCUUUAUCCUCCUCAUCAAACAUACGAGAUGCAACAAAGAACCAUUAGACCAAUGAAUAUGCACGGAGGAUUUCACAAUCAUAUGCCGCAUCGUCCACCACUAUAUCCCCAUCCGAAUAUGCCACCCCAUCAUGCGCAAGUAGGACAUCCGCCUCUUCGUAUGCCUAUUGCAGCAAUGAAUUCAUAUGAGCAAGGUUACAAUCCCAUGGGCAACGUGGUACCAGGAUAUCAACGAUUUCCUUCCACAAAUAUGCCAAAUCGUUUCAAUUAUCCCGUCAGAGAGGUGGACAAUCAGAAUCAAAUGCGUCCCUUCAAUAAUAUAGCGUCGGUAUAUGAAACCGUUGCGGCCAAAGUAGGUGUUGGCAUUAUCGAUGACCCCUUGGAGGCCUUCAAUCGUAUAAUGAAAGAAAAGGAAAAGAAAAAAGAUGACAGACGUUCGCCAGAUCGUCGUAGGAGAUCUAAAGAACGUCAUAAUCGAGGUAAUUUUCGCACUUCUCCAUAUAAUAAUCGCAAUUCUAAAGAUCAUGGCGGUUAUCAUGAGAAGAGAGGACGUUCGCGUGAGCGUGAAAAUGAACGCCGCUGGCCUCGCUAUGAGAAAUCUGGAGAUAAAGAAAGAGAACGGGAACGGGAGAGGGAAAGGGAGAGAGAACGCGAAAGAGGAGCCAAGGAGCACGUCUACAGAAAUAGACGUUCAAAAUCUCCUGAAAGAAAUUCGAGAUCCAGAUCCCAUUCGCCUUUAAACAAACGUUACAGAUCCCCCUCAAAUAUUAAAAGUCAUGCUGUACCAGAAAAGCAUCCUCAUCAUUAUCAUCAAAAAUCAAGACCUGAGGAACAUGAAGAUUCACUGCACAGCAACAGACAUAAAAGAGAAAGCAGCCGAGGUCGUCUAAAUAUGUCCAAGCCAUUAGAUUCUAGAGGAGCAGGCAAUAAAAUGCAUAUGGAAAAUGAAGACAGAAUGUCCGACAUAAGAAAACAUUACAGUUUAAAUGAUGAAAACUCCGAACCACCACCACCAGGUUUUGAAAUCCAAACAUCUCGCAACCCAUUCCAUAGUAAUAUUAUUUCUUCACCUUCCUCAAAUCUAAGAGAGAUAAGAUGUCAACGCAAUGUGACUCCCGAUCUAUAUGAGAAAUGUGUCUCUCAAGACUUGGAAGAGAACAAAAUGUACACACACACAUCUAAUAGAAGCGAUCAAAGAUCAAGAUCUAGAUCGCGAACCAAAUCACGUUCCAGAUCAAGUGUAAGAACCGCUGAAAAACGUAGAAAAAUGCAAAGAAGUACUACGCCGAAGGGAAAACCAACAACGGAACAUCAUCACAAAAAAGACAAGGACAAGGGAUCAUCUAGUUAUUCAUCACACGGCGGUGGUAGUAGUAGUAAGCACAAAAGUGUUGACCGUCAUGUGCAUAAAGAAAAGGAUAGGGAUGAACAUCAUGACAACAUGGAUAUAAAACGUCGUAGUAUGACGCCACCAAGGCAAAAGGAAGUUGUACGGGAUUCCCAUGAACACAAAGUGGUCAGUGAUUCCCAUCAAACAUCGUCCGAGGAGAAAUCUGAAAAGAAGUCGGAGAAAAAGCUUAAAGAUCGCAAGAAGAAGAGGAAGGACAAAAGUGAACGCAAGAAAAUAAAGAAAGAAAAGAAAGCUAAGAAAGAGCGUCACAGGCAAAAGUCGGAGGAAAAACCAUCCUCGUUACAUCAUCCGGAAGAAGAACCCGAAGAACAAAAUAAUGAGCAUACAUCGGAACAUGAUCUUUCAAAGAAUAGUGUGGAAGAAGUAAAGUCACCAGAAAAAGAAUUCCCCCUAUACGAUGACUUGGAAGAGGAGGGCGAAUAUCAUAGUGUGGAAAAAGAACUACCGCCCAAUUCCACGCCCAAAAAAGAAGACAGUUCUCGAUUGGAGACAACGCCGAAACAAAAAUCUCUUGAACAUGGUGAGAAAACUCCUCCCUCUGAUAUAAAGUGUUUCGAUGCGGUUUUGGAUAUUCAUGAAUACGAAACAGAUUUCGAUGAUAACAGUUUUAAACUUCAGGAAGGUCACAAUAAACUAGUACCUGAAGCAUCUAAGUGGGAGCUGGAUGAUAAUCUUAAUACUCUGGGUCAUACCAUCGAAGACAACAAAAACGAAGACAAUCUUGUCUACAACAAUAAUUCCGAUUCCAAGGUUACCAACGAUGUAAUUGUUAGGGCCGAAAAGGCCAUAUUUGCUCGAGCCAUCAAUGCAAUUAGGCCCAUUGAGUUACAUAAAAAGUCUUCGUCUAAGGAAAGAUCGUCAAAAGCUUAUCCGGAUGAUCACGAUAAUAUAAGAAAUAUUAAAAUCACAUUGCCUGUAAAUAUUAGCACUGAAAGAUCUGUGGAGGUGAAGAAUGAAAAUUCUGCCGAGAAAAAGAAAUCAAUUAAAGAUCGAUUGGGCAGCAAAAUCAAUCAACCCGCAUAUACACAACACUUUGGUGAAGGAAGGCGAGAAGAUGAGCGCCAUCGGGAAAGCGAUCGCCAUACCAGAGGAGGUGAUAGCAAAGCUUCUGCGAAAAGAAAUGAUGGUGACAAAAAUAGCCGUGAACGUGAGCGCGGAGAAAGAGAGCGCGAGCGUAGAGAAAGGGAACGCGAAAGAGAUCGCGAAAGGGAAAGGGAGAGAGAAAAGGAAAGAGAAAAAGAAAAAGAGAAGGAAAGGGAGAAGGAGCGUGAAAAAGAACGGGACAGAGAGCGGGCCAAGGAAAAGGACAGAACUCGUCAGCGUGAGAAAGUUGACCACAAUAGCGGCAGAGAUAGGGAAAGAGAGCGCGAACGAGAUCGGGAAAGAGACCAACGGAAUCAUGAUUACGACAAAGAACGUAAAGACUGCAAAACAAAGGAUAAGUCUGAUAAGGAACAUCAUCGUGAUGCCGACAAUUCGACGUCGUCGACUCAUAAGCGACGCCAAUCGAAUCACUCGCCAGUUGCGCAUAGGAAACGCAGUCCUUCUACAUCUGACUCCGAAUCUGACGAUGGUGGUGAGGAACGUAGGCGCAAACAUGCCAAAACUGACAAGAAAUCCCGAAAACGUUCAGAGUCACCAGAUAGCGAUAGUCGAAAGUCAAACAAGAAGAAAGCCAAAUCGGAUAAGAAGAAAAAAAAGAAAAGUAAAAAAUGAAUAGAUAUAAUUGUAAAAAAAAAACAACAAAAUAUUGGAACAUGAAAUUGCUGCAGUAUUCACACUGGGACAUUUUCAUAACAUCCAUCUUAAAAAACAUACAAAGAAUGAAAUUUACUACAAAUUAACCGUAUAUACAUACAUAUAUAAAAAGAAUAUAUUUAAUUUAUAUUAAGGAAAUUUGAUUUUCUUUUUAAUAAAAAAGCAAAACCUUA